AUGUGGACGGAGGGCCCAACGAAACAAAGAGAACGUAAAGGCUCCCAACGAUCGCACGCCGAGCUCGGUGGCCGUGCCAGCGUCAAGCCAUCGAGGGCUCCCCGAUCCCUUAACGGCUGCCGGCGGUACCCGUCAGUAGCGAAAUCCCCAGGUCACAAUCCACAGGCACAACACAACACUGGCGGGUGGCGGUGCGUAACUCUGGCCAAGGGGCGCGUCGCUAACAGUCGCACGGCGGCGAGGGCCCGCGGAACUGCCCGCCCUGGCUGCGCUGCCCUGAGAUCGAUCGACGUGCGCACGCCCCCCCUCCCCCGCGUUCGCGUCAUUCCCACCCCCUCCCCCAAUAUCUUAUGUAUGAGAGCGCCACGCGGCGGGAAGAGC